UCGAUCCUGUUAUACCAUCUUCAUUUUCAAUCUCUUCUGUUCUGCUUUCUCACCAACACACUGUCAAUGGUAGUCGCUACCGCAACAGCAUCGAGCGUCGCGCUCCACACGCGCAUGUUAGUAUCGCCGUCUGCCUCGUCACGAACUUUAAGCUCCAACCGGGCAGUAGCUCUCUCUUCCUCGACAUCUUCACUAAGAACAUCUCUCUCGACAAGCUUUUUCUCCCCCUUCGCCGGCGGCGGAAGUGUCAUUGGCGAUUUCAACGGCAUAAAGCUUCGACCUGAAUGUCUCAAUCCGGCAUCAAUUUCGAGUUCCAAAGGCAAAAGAAGCGUUGUCACUAUGGUGAUUCCUUACACUAGGGGAAGUGCAUGGGAGCAACCUCCUCCUGACUUGGCAUCGUACCUGUUCAAGAAUCGAAUUGUUUACUUGGGCAUGUCUCUUGUUCCUUCUGUCACCGAGUUAAUACUUGCAGAAUUUCUAUACCUUCAGUAUGAGGAUGAAGAGAAACCUAUUUACCUCUACAUAAACUCAACUGGAACAACCAAGGGUGGCGAAAAGCUAGGUUAUGAGACAGAGGCCUUUGCGAUCUAUGAUGUUAUGGGGUAUGUUAAACCACCUAUUUUUACUCUGUGUGUUGGCAAUGCUUGGGGAGAAGCAGCCUUACUUUUGGCUGCUGGGGCUAAAGGAAAUCGUUCCGCUUUACCUUCAUCAACUAUCAUGAUAAAGCAGCCAAUAGGGAGAUUUCAAGGUCAAGCAACAGAUGUCGACCUUGCAAGAAAAGAAGUAAAGAAUGUGAAAAUAGAGUUGGUCAAUCUCUUGGCAAAGCAUAUUGGAAAAUCACCUGAACAAAUUGAAGCAGACAUCAGUCGCCCAAAAUAUUUUAGUCCAACCGAGGCUGUUGAAUAUGGGAUCAUAGACAAGGUACUAUAUAAUGAAAGGGGUAGUGAAGACCGUGGAGUAGUUUCUGACCUUAAAAAGGCACAACUUAUAUGAUUUGAUCAAAAUUGCAUUUGGCGAUUGUUGGGAGACUAAUCAGGUGAGAAAUAACUGCAAGUCAUUAUCAAAUUUGGAUUAUGUGAAAAUGCUGUUAAACAUUUUUCUGUUGUACAAUGGUUCAUGGGUGGUAAUCAGUGCUUCCUUUCUAGCGAAAACUUGUUGGAAAACUCCCUAUUUGUUCAUUGAACACUUUAGGGCACUCUUGCUACAUUUGAAAUUUUCUUUAAUUUGACAGUGCUCCAGACUUAAUACUGAAUUCAUUUAGUCAUUUGAGUAGCAAGUGCGGGUCAUUUUGGAAAAGUUGAAUACUUUGGCUUGGUAGUUAAUCACCCCUGGCUGUAGCAAGGAAUGAUUCACCGCUCCUUCACGACCCUGCUACUGUUAAACAUGAUAAGUUCUACAUGAUCAAUUCUUUGGGAUGUCUUCAAUCACUGCCACAUGCCUCGUAUUCCUCUUAUUCCUCAACCCACUUAGUAUCAGUCACUAUUGUUAACUACUCCACUGCUCUGAUUUGUGAAAUGGAGUAUGUUCUCAGAUUGAAUGCAAUUGCUUGUUCUUUUCAUGGCCUUGCCACUUUGCAAUCAUGCUUGUUCUUCCCGAAAUUCAGCAGACACCUGGACAAGGUGUGUCGGCUAAGUUGCUGGGAUUGACUAUGUAGUUAAUAUGGAUUACACCUUGCAUUUGCUUUUUUGAUUGCUCUGUUGUGAUUGUUGGAUUUGAGACUGAAAAUGAUUGAUAGGGAAUUUUAGUUGGUGAGGUACUUUCUUGUCUGGUAUUAUCAAUUUCAUUCACCAUUACAUAGCCUUUUUUUCUCUUUUCUCAUUUCACAUUUCCAAGUGCAGAGAGGGGUCAUUACGUGGUAACAAUUCUCUUUUGAUCGACUUUACACAUUUAUGGCCCCAAUUAGCAUCUUUUUCCAUUAUUUGUUCAGUGGUUAGGUCACUGUGUUGAAAGUUAUAAAUUACACAAGCCCAUAAUGAUGAUGAUAAUAGUGACACUCACUAUCUCAGAUAUGGAAAGCUCUCACUUUUGCUUUGUGUGUAUGUGAACUGUCAAAUUGUCAUUGU